AUGCGGGACGCAACGUGGUCGUGCAGCGCUUGGGGUCCCUCUGCCAAGAGUGUCUUGCCAUUGUGGUACUCGAUGGCGGCGCGCAGGGGCGUGUCGGGCGCGUCUGGAGUCAUGCUGAAAUGCGCGGUUCAGUCCGAGGGAACGAGGUCGAGUUGCAGUGGACUGAGGUCGCUGUUGACUCGAGAGCGCAAAUUGCGAAGUGACUGA